AGUGACCCAGAGGGGAAGCUGACUCACAGGGCAGAGAAACGGUAAACCAGCAUCGAUACAAAACAAGCUGAGAGAACCCAGAAGUUAUUUCCCUUUUUAGAAGGGCACGAAAAAGAGGGAGGAAAAAAAGGGAGAGUAAAGUUUUGGACAGCUGUGUGUUCUGGCAGGGGCAUUGCGCACAGCCCUGUGCUGGUCAGUCAUUUAAAAAUAUCCAGAUUUCCUUUUAUAAAUAAAAAGGACAAUGAUAUUUCCUUUGGAGGGAGACUCAAAAUUAGGAAAAUCCCGAUGACUGCUUUGGCUAAAGGGCAAAAUGCCUGGGCGAAAAGCAAGCAGAAGCACAGCGUGCAGGAGCGGGGCAGUGCAGUGAGACUGCGUGCCCACCCAGGAGCUUGCACAAUCAAGGUUUAAACAAGCGGCUUUCCUGGGUUGUAUAUUUCUGUUCAUAUUCUUGCUGUAGAGUUUCUCUGGGAUCACCCAAGGAGGAAGAAGGGGCUGAAUGGAGUUAGCAGAAGAAGUUGGCAUCUUGGCAAAGCAGUACCUUGAGCGAGGCCUUCUGGUGCCGGACCACGUCAUCACGCGCGUGAUGAUGACAGAGCUGGAGAAGCGGCAAGAGCAGCACUGGCUGCUUGAUGGUUUUCCUCGCACACUGGGGCAAGCUGAGGCGCUGGACAGGAUCUGCAAGCUGGACCUGGUGAUCAGCUUAAACAUACCCUUUGAGACGCUGAAGGAUCGCCUGAGUGCCCGCUGGGUCCACCCGGCCAGCGGGAGGGUGUACAAUAUGGACUUCAAUCCUCCCCAUGUCCAGGGCAUCGAUGACCUGACAGGCGAGCCACUGGUCCAGCGCGAGGAUGACAAACCUGAGGCUGUUGCUGCCAGGCUCAGAAAAUACAAAGAUGCUGCAAAGCCAGUGAUAGAGUUAUACAAGAGCAGGGGCAUCCUUCACUCCUUCUCGGGGACAGAGACCAACAAGAUCUGGCCAUACGUGUACACCCUGCUUUCCAGCAAGAUACCACCUAUUCUUUCGGACGAGGAGAACUAAGCAGCUUGUGCCAAGGACCAAGAGUUAAUGCCAUCAUGGAUUUGGUUUCUCUGCGUGGUGCUGGGGCUGUGCUCAGAUUAGGCAAUCGUUCAGUAUCUAAAGUCCCUUCCCUGAGUGUACUGGGUGACAUUGGUGGAUACACGGUUACAGCCAGUAUCAAGGUGAACAGAUCUUUGCUUAUAAGGUCAAGUCUGCUAGAACAAGGGUUUUUUAUUCUUUUGAGGCUAUGAAGUAUUCCUGCCUCUGGUCCAAGUAUACACACAGAUCAGUGUUGCAAACUUGGGUAACGAUCAUGCCAGGUUUACAGAGCUUGCCAUGGUGUCCCUGCCACCCCUAUACAAACCACAGUCUCUGAGCCUACAGUGUGCCAUCCCAUUGCUCUACAGUACCGUUUACUGCAGAUUACUCUCUAGGUUGUUUUUUUUCCUAUAAAUUAUUUUCUAUUAAAUUUAUUUCUCAGAGAAAUAAAGUUCUAAACAGCAAGACUUAGCCCAGUGGGAACGGUGAGCAACAUGGAAAAUGUACGCUACACGUGGAAAGUGUACGCUACGAAGCUCAGAAAUGUGAAGAUCACAUUUCCAGCAUUAAUACACAUAAAAGAGGGAACACAUUUGAGGUAAAACAUGCACUUGUGCUUCUUCCAUAGAGAGAGAUGAAACCCUGUUAUAAAAUGCUGCUGUACAGUCUAGUUUUCAUGAGAUCUGUGACACUAAGCAGGAUCUGUGCUGAGGGAUGAGUUGCACUCCUUUGUGCUUACCUUGUUUAUAGUUUCUAAUAGUACAAGACAGUCAUGUUACAAGAGUUUCUCCCAAAGCUUUAUUUUAAGGUGUGCUUCAGUUUUGGGGAGAAAUCAAGUCAUUCCAUCUUUUGUGCUGCCUUUGUCCCUGAGAUCCCCUGGAGAUGAGGUGUUCCCUAAGCGGUACCUACUGUGGCUGCAGCAUCUCCAGCAGAAGCAGCUCCCUCCCCAUGAACCCUUGGAUAGGUGAGAGCCUUCCUUUCCCUGGGACGUGUGCAGGGGCUGCCAAGGGCCAUACCCAGGCAUUUCCCCAAGAUUUACAGUGUUGUCUGAGCAUGUCACUCCUCUUCUGUGCAGGAGCUUUGUGGCCAGGUGGAGUGGCUUUUCUUUUCUGGAUGUACUGUAACCCUCUUUGGUGGUAGGAUGCAGUACCUAAGCAAUGGGGAUGUUCUUUUGUCUCCUCGAGUUGCCUUAUUUUAUAAAAUAUAUAUUUAAGAAAAAAGCAAGAUGUGUAUUUUUAAAGGUUUAAAAAAAAGCACUGAAUUUUAGCAUCAACUUUUGGGAACUCUGCACAAAGCUGCUUGCAUUUGCAGAGCAUGCUGCAGUCUGCUAUGGGUAGCUCAGCAGGGAGGCAGAAAAGCUGUCAGUCCCCUACACACAUUUGAUUAAUUAGAGCAGCCUGGGCAAGUUUCUGUUGCUGAAAUGUCACUGCUUUUAUUUUUGUUUGGACAGUGGCCGUGGCAGGAGAGGGAGAGCUGACUGCUUUUUUAGGGUUGCACAGGCUCCGUGUGUGAAACUUCAGCACAUUCCAGGAAUCUUUUACCCCUGCUGAGCCACCAGCAUCCUCAAGCUAUCAGAGGAGCCCCUGGUAUUUGCUCUCUGUCAGAGGCAGCUUUGCCCUGGUGCUCUCCUGAUAAUGGAGCCAGAAGCCAUCGGGCAUCUGCCAAGCGGGAUCUCUGCUCACAUGCUGCCUGCUCGUUGCCUGCCUGCCAGUGAAAGCGAUGAUGCAGUGGCAGCAGGGGAGGGCUCCACAUCUCGCUCUGGAUGGGAAUUUCUCAGGUGGGAGCCGAGGGACCAUCAGGUUUCACUGCUGUCCCUGGGGGCCUUUCCAUCCCCUCAGAGCUCCCGGCUGGGAGGAUGGAAAUCUUCCACUCUGCAAUGAAAUCCUGUUUAAGAAAGAUUUUAGAUUCUCCCAUGACCCUUAGAAGAAGGUCUGGGCCACUUUUAAACACAAGUCUAGAAAUAGCCAAAAUGUGUGCGCUGUUUUCUUUCUACCAGUGAUGGGCUGGAGGGGAGGAGAUGAUGGGGAGGUGAGUUUUAGGCUAUAAAAGCAGCCUGGUCACGGUGGGUGGCUCUGCUGGGGCUAAGUGCCGAGCAGGGGGGCUGCUCCCUGCUUUCCCUUGCCUAGCUCUUGUGUCUCAUCCUUUCCUGCUGCAAAAUGACUCCUGCAGAGAGGCUUGCCCCUUGCAGCGCCCAGUGGCAGGACAGGGCUUGCAGAUGUCUUUGUCCCAGGAGAGCUGCCUGAGCACGUGUUUUAAAGGCUUUGAGUCCUGUAGUAGAUGUAGAAACACGACAACUGUGCACAAGCCCUUGGGAUAGAUUUUUCUACAAGAGUUGUUGUACAAUGCAUUUUCAUAGACCAAAUACUGGCAGGAAUGAGGUCCCAAAGCGAUAUAUGUUCCUUGCCUUUCUUCCCCACCGUGCUCCCCUUUGGUACUUUACUGUGAAUCUCAUGCCUUUUCUAAAGCGAAGGCAAUUUUAUACUGACCCAAGAUACUGUGUGGUGGGAGGAGGGUCUCCCCGCACACGGGGCACGGCACUGCUGGCACAUCAUGCCGAGUUUUCCUCCUGGAGUUUUCUUCCUGGCGAAUCGCUGCAGCUGUGUUACUGGUCAAAAGAUGUAAAUAAAUUUUUUCUUCUGCUUA